UCUCUCCCUUUCUCUCUUUCUUCACUGAUAGGCCUCUUGAGUGUUGAGCUUCCAAUUGUUAGACCUCAAUACAAGUCCUUAAACAUCUUCAUGGCUAGCAAUGACGCAAAAGGGAAAGGUCCAUUACAGGCAAGCUUAGUAAAUCCUACACCUCAAACAAGUAUGACAGAUGCGCCAACACAUAGAAGUGAUCCCCUCACAGGUUCUGUUUCUUGGGGGACAAGUAACAAUGAUCCAAGUCCCCGUUCUACAUCUAAUUCAAGGAAAUCACACCAAACUUUAAAGUUAGUAGCCUUAGUCUUGGCUGUCUACCUAGGACUAGGAACCGUGUGCUUCUACCUACUCGAGCCCCAGAUGACAGGACACAAAACAAAUGAAAUUAUUGAUGCAGUCUACUUCUGCAUUGUAACAAUGGCCACUGUUGGAUAUGGAGACAUUGUGCCUAAUAGUGUCCUUAGUAAGCUAAUCGUCUGUGUUUUCGCCUUCACGGGAAUGGCUCUGGUUGCACUAGGCCUGACCAAAGCAGUAGACUAUUUUAUGAAGAAGCAGGCAGACUUGCUAAUAAAUGCUUUACAUAUGGAUCAAAAUUCCAGUGAGGCCAAGUAUGAAAAGAAUUAUAAAGGAGUGAAAUACAAGUGCUUAGUGGUCAUUAUCAUUAUUUUGAUGCUCAUGAUUGCUGGGACAGCCGUCCUAGCUACUGUGGAGAAAUUGGACCUUAUUGAUGCGUUUUAUUGUGUUAGUGUGACCAUAACAACGUUGGGAUAUGGAGAUAAGAGCUUCAAAACUGAACGAGGGCGUAUUUUUGCAGUGUUUUGGAUAUUGACAAGUACCAUUUUUGUGGCUCAGUUUUUAUGCUACAUAACUGAGCUACAUGUUCAAAUGGGACAAAGGGAAUUGGUUAAGCAGGUACUAAGCCAGAAGAUAACAAAUAAAGAUCUGGAGGCAGCAGAUCUUGAUAAAGAUAAAUCAGUAGAGCUUGCUGAGUUCAUUGUAGAUAGGCUUGUAAAGAUGGAGAAGAUUAGUGAAGAUGAUAUUGCGGAUAUAAAGGAGGAGUUUGGAAAACGUGAUAUUAAUAAGUCAAACACCUUAACUGAAUCUGAUCUUCCUCAAUCAACUCAAGCAGGGAAUUGACUUUACCCUGGUGAAAAUGGCGAAUUUUCUGCACUAGUGAAUAAAAUAAAAAUUGUGAAGCAUCCCAUGAGAGCUAC